UGUUUUUAUAUGACAAUUUCGAUUGCAUUAUGCCGACGUGCUGUGUGAUCAAUUGUAAAAAUAAGAGUGGUCGCGGCAAAGAGAAAAUAAAUAUGUUUUCUUUCCCCCAAAAGCCGGAACUGAGGAAGCAGUGGCUGGAAGCCUGUAAACAAACACAUACUUCAAAACAAUAUGUUAUUUGUCAACGACACUUUUUGCCUGAGUGCAUCGAAGAAAAGAUGACCCAACAGCAUUCCGGCAGACAACUAAGAUUGAUGCGUCGUGUUAAAAGAAACGCAGUUCCAACUGAGUUUUUGGAUCUCCCAAAAGAAAGAAAACGUAGUCGUCAGAAGGAAAAAGAAAACCAGUUGAGUAUAGGCAAUGCUCCAAUGCCAUCGUACAAUGAUCUCCUGUCUUAUGCGAAGAGAUUUGCGGGAACAGAAAGCGCAAAGCAAGAAGAGCCGAUGAUGAAUGAGCAUAAUCAGUCAUUGGAAUGUGCAGAAACAGGACCAUUAUCUGAACAAACAAAUAAUAAUGUAAUAGCUAUGCUUCUGCAUCGAUUGGAAACCCUCGAAGAAGAAAAAAAACAGGCCGAUUUGAAAAUAGCUCAAUUCAGCGAAGAAAUUGUACAGCUAAAAAAGAACUUCAAAGAAAUGCUUACAAAUAAUGCAAAGAUUAUUGCAAAUCUGUCCGAAAAAAAUAAGGAACUGCAUAAAAAUUUGGCCGAAACACGUAAAACAGAUUCCGAGAUUGCGAGUGAUACACUUCGCAUAGUUUUUACUCCUGGACAAAUACGAAAACUUACAUCUUCAAAGAACAAGCGCGCAUAA